UUAUGGUGCCGUAACAAUAAAUAGAAUAGUAUCCUUGGAUUCUGGACCGAGUUUGUGGUGUGAAAGAAUGUUUUUCAAAGCGAAAAUCAAAACAAUUCACGGUUUAUUAUUGUUUAAAUUGUUCCAAAAUUUAUAUAAAUGAGGUUAAUACUGUAAUUUGAGUUCUAUUCUUUUCUCAAGCAUCUUUAUCCUUCUCAUUAUCAUAAUGAUGCACUAUGGGUCUUGGAUCAAUCCUCAAAAUGUUUUGGAUAAUCACAGAUGUUAUACUCAGUACAUUGAAGAAUCAUAUCGAUUAAGAAAUGAUAUUAGAGAUGAAGAAAGUGAGCAAACUGGUGAUGAAACUCAUGAUACAAUCACCACAGCAACUUCUGGUGAGAGAAGUUCUAGUGCAGAUUUAUUCAGAUUGGAAUUUGCUGCUACUCAGUGGUCUAAACUUGUAUCUAAUGCUGAAGGAUUGUUUAAUAAAUUAAUGGCUAGCAAUAUUCUUCCUCAUAAUGAACAAGAUCAAGUCGAGCAGUGGUUAUGUAUGAAGCAGGAAUAUGAAGAGUGUAUUACAAACGAUGAAAAUGCAAGCCUUACAGGCUUUACUGAGAAUAAUAGAAGAUCGUUAGAGAGAAUUGAAGAGGUAACUGAGACUGAUGAAAAGACUGACGAAUCAGCUAAUCCAGAGUUUAGAAAUGUUUCUGAGUCAUGUACAAGUACAGAGAGUGAAAUGAGUGAAGAUAAUGAAGAUGAAGAGGAUGAUGACGAAGAAGAAGAGGAAGAUGAGCAAAGUGAUGUGAGUUCAGAAAACCCAGAUUUUUUGGAGAAGUUAGAUGAGUGUAUGAAGAAAUUUAAAUUUGAGACUGAUCAAAUGAUAGAAAAAAUUGACAAUGAGUUCAUGGAAACGAAUCUACCUGUAAUAUCAUCUGGACAAUUCUUAGGAAGCAACAUUAAUGAACCAGUACCAAUUUUGAAACCUAUUCCUAUAAGAAAUGCCAACACUCGUCGGAAUUCAAUGCUUCCAGGCUCAGAAAUGUGUAAUGAAAUUCUAGCAUUUAACAAUGGAUUUAAACCUUGUCGUAUUUCUGAACUUCAAGAUGUUCAGGAUAAUUCUGAGGAAGUUGCUGAGGAAAAAAUAAAUGACGGAAGACAAGCACUUGUUCUUAAUGGUAAUAGAGGUCAAAAGGAUAAUUCUCCAGAUAUUUUAGUUGAUGCUCUAAAGAGCAAUGAUGUUUCUGAACCAAUAAAAACUUUAAAAACAUUGACUAUGAAUAACGAAGCCAAACAAACACAAGUCAAGAUGAUCGAAUCGGAUUUGGAUGAAGCUCACAAGAGAAUUGAAGAGCUUCAAAUGACUAUAAAAAUUAAAGAACAAUUUAUUGCUAGCAUGAUUAAAAAUUCAGAAUUACGAGGGGCCAAACAAAAACUUCGAAAAAGACUCAAAGUCAAAAAAGAAUUUUUCAGUGGUAAAAAUCAAUCGUUUGAUGAAAAAAAUCAUCAAAGAGAAAUAGAAUUAUGUAAAAAUAUUGCAAUUCAUUAUGAGCAAAGGUUAAUGGAUAUUGAAAGAAUUCGACAGAUUGCUGGAGAUUCUUCUAAAAAAGUUUUAGAAUUAGAAAUGUCAUUGAAUGCUUCCAAGAAGCAGAUGGAAAAGCUUCAAAAGCAGUUGAAAAAAGAAGAAGAACGUAAGACUCAAUUGGAGGCAGAAUUAGCUGAAGAUCAGAAAAAAAUAAAAGAAUUAGAAGAAAAAUAUAAUCUUACUGAAUCAAAACUUCAAGAAAUGAGAUCAGAGUCGGAGGAUGAAAGAGCAAAUUCUAGAGCUAGAAGUGAUCAAGAAAAGAAUAAUUUACUAUUAAUGAAUUCUAAGAUUUCACAAAUUGAUUAUCUAUCUUUUGAUAAGUUAGAAGGCGACGGUAAGAUGUCAUUGAGACGUGAAAUUGAAAAUUUAAGACGCACCAAAGAUCGACUAGUAGAACAAAAGUGCGAUCUUGACGAAAAAUUACAGAAAGAGAAAACUUUAACAAAUUAUGAAGAAAGAAGACGGUUGGAAUGUGGAGAAACAAUUGAAAUGAUUGAUGCAAUGAUUGAACAUAAAAAUGAGAUGAUUUGUGGUCGACAGAAAUAUGAAAAAGGUAAAAAUCCAAGAGAAAGUAGUGAAAAAAUAAUUAUUGAUAAACAUUUAUCCAAGUUAUCAGAGCAAGAAAUGAGACAGCUAUUUUACACGUACUUUAGAAAAGUUAUUGAUCUUAAAGAAAGUUCUAGAACAUUGGAAGUACAAGCAGCAACUCAAGAAGCAGUGGUAGAAAACCAAAAGACUCAUAUCCGUACCUUGACGAAUGUUUUGAAACACAUGCAAAUGGAAGCCGAACGAAGAAUUGUUAUUCAAAAGGAAUAUGAAGAAGAAUUAUUUAUGUUUAGAAAUUUCGCUAAUGAAACAGGAAGUUCAAGUCAUGAGAAGCUGGAUAAAGGUUCGGAAAAUGAAAGAAAACUCAAGAAAGAAAAUAAAACAUUAAGGAAAAAGUUAGAGUACUAUGAGACUCUAUUUCGAGGAUCAAAUGCUGCAAGAACAACUAGCCCUCCUAGAAUUCCUCAUCAAGAACUUAAACAAAUUGCUCCACCUCCUAAGAAAACUACGAAGGUUACUAUACAAAAGAAUAAACUCAUUAUUCAAAAAACGGAUUGUGAUAAACGAAAAUAAGAGCAUAGUAUAAAGUAUAUGUUACUGAUAAUACACCAGUUUGAUUUACUGGAGAUUAAAAAUAAUUAAUAAAAACAUGAUUCAAAGCUUGAAGAAUCAAUUUUUGAUGGAAAUCAGUGUUCAACGGUUCAGUAUUCAGUAUCAAAUGUUCAGGAUUAAUAAAAAUAAGUUAUAAUGAUAAUUAUACUUAAUCUACUUUCUCAUUUAUGAUUUUUCUAUUCAUGUUGAAGUCUAGAUAAACACUUGAGUGCUAUUUAUUCAUAAUAGUAUACUAAAUAAAAUAAUUUCUAUUAAAAAUAGUAUUAUUUUUAUUUAGUAUAUCUUGAUGAAUUAAAAUUACCGAAGUAACUUGGAGAUCUCAGU